AAUGGAAGAUCUCCUUGAUAUAAAUGUGGAAAGAAACUUUCAUGAUAUCACUUACAUCAUAAAUAUUAAUGCUAAUAAUGAAAUGUUGACAAUAGAUGUAGAAUCAAAAUAAUCAGGUGAUUCUUGGAUUGCAAAUUUUCAAGCAUCCUAUAUUGAGGAAAUAACAUCAAAAACAGGGAAUUAUAAGAAAUAUCCAACAUUUAUAAAGAUGUUGUAAUCUGCAAUUAAAAAUCAAACAGAUUCUGUCUAUAUUGAUAUUCUUACAUUUUAAGAUCUGGAACAAAUAAAAAACAAAAGACCAAAAUAAAAUUAAUAAUAAUAAGGUCUAAUCCCAAAUAAUAAACGUUAUUUGAUUCUUAGUUAUAUUGUUGAAUUUGAUAAAGUUCAUUAUCCAUUACCUCUUAAUUUUAAUGAGCAGCCUAACAUUUAAUAAAUGAAAAAUACUAUAAUAAGAUUAAGAAAGGAGAAUGAAUAAUAAGCAAAAUAAUUAUCAACACUAUUAGAAUCAAAGAAAAAUGAAGUUAAUCCUUUGGAAGUGAUAAAUGAAUAAAAUAAAGAAAUUGAAUUUUUUAAAAAUCUAUUAGAAUAAAAAGAUAGAGAUAUUUUAGAACUCAAAAACAUAGUACAUUAAUAAUCUACAACAACAGUGAAUAAAUAGGAAUAUAUUGAAUUGAGAUCAAAAUAUUUGUAAAGUGAAAAUACCAAUUAAGAAAUAACUAAAAAAGUGAUUGAAUUAGAAGAUUGUCUUUAAUAAAUAGUAGAUGAAAAUCAUUAAUUAAAAAAUUAAGAUAAAAAAAAUAAAUAAAGGAUUUCAUCUUUAGAAUAGGAAUUAUAAUAAACUUUAACAAGAUCUAAAACAAAAUUAUAAUCUAAUAUUUCAAGAUCUCCUUCAACUUCUAAAUCUUCUAAUUAAUUCAAGGUUUCUAGUAGUAUUAAUAAAGUAUUAUCUAAAAAGAAAAGUGUUGAGAAAACAACUCCAAUUAGAGUAUAAUUAAUUUUUUAUAUAUUUAGAUUAGAAAAGAGAGUUUCGAUAGUGAUACAGAAUCCUCUUUUAGACGUAAAUCAAAUUCAAAAAGAAUUGAUCAAAGUCCAUCUGCAAGAUCAAACUCUUCUCGUAAAACAUCUUAAAAAUUAAAAUCAUCAAAUUCUAAUUUAUUCAAAAAAUAAAAAGUUAAUAUAACUAAUGAAUCAAAAAAGUUAGAAGAUCCAGAAGAAUAAAGACUUUUAAAAAGAUUAAAGGAUUUAAGAGAAAGAAAUAAAGAAAAUACAAUUAUAACUACUCCUUCUAGUAAAAUGGAAUAAAGUUGUGAAGAUUUGCAUAGUAUUGAUGAAAGAUUAAACAAAUUAAAUAAUCUAUUGCAAAGAGCAAAAAAUUAAUGA